AUGGCUGUUACUGUAACUGUAGGAGAAGCGCGCCCUGGGGAGACUGCUCCGCGUCGGGCUGCCAAGGUUGCUGAGAAGGCGCUGGACAGGCCGCCUAACAUGAAGUGUUCUACUGUGUAUGAGUUUAUUCUUGAGUGUUGUGAGAAGCACGGCGGGAAGAAUGCUAUUGGGUGGAGAGAUAUUAUUGACGUGCACGAGGAGACCAAGACUAUUGAGAAGUUCAACAAGAAGAGCGGGCAGAUGGAGAAAGUGGACAAGAACUGGCUGUACUACGAGCUUUCCGGGUACCACUACAACACCUUUACUGAGGUUAUUGAGGUGAUGCACUCGGUCGGGCGUGGUCUGGUUAAGCUGGGCAUGGAGCCCAAGUCCGAGGACAAGCUGCACAUAUUUGCCGCCACCUCUCACAAGUGGAUGAAGAUGUUCUUGGGUGCGCAAUCCCAGGGCAUCCCUAUUGUCACUGCUUAUGACACCUUGGGUGAGAAAGGUCUGAUCCACUCCUUGAAGCAGACCAGCUCUGCGGCGAUAUUCACAGACAACCAGCUUCUGGGUAAACUGAUUAACCCAUUGAAGGUCGCCGAGAAGAUUAGAUACGUGAUAUACUACGAUAACAUCUCCGCAGAGGACAAGAGACAAGGCGGGAAACUAUAUCGCGAGGCCCAGGAGGCUGUCGAUAAGAUCAAGGAGGUGAGACCAGAUAUCAAGCUGGUGAGCUUCGAUGAAUUACUGGAGUUGGGCCAAAAAGCAAAGGGCGAGAUUGAACCACACCCUCCUACCAGAGACGACAUCUCCUGUAUUAUGUACACAUCUGGUUCCACAGGUGAUCCUAAGGGUGUUGUCUUGAAACACAGCAACGUGGUAGCUGGUGUAGGUGGUGCAACCAUAAAUGUCUGCGACUACGUCGGUGACACUGACAAACUGAUCUGCUUCUUGCCCCUGGCUCACAUCUUUGAAAUGGCUUUUGAGCUGUUGUCCUUCCAUUGGGGUUCCUGUAUCGGUUAUGCCAAUGUCAAGACAUUGACUAGCGCAUCUGUAAGAAACUGUAAGAGUGACUUAGAGGAAUUCCAACCAACUAUUAUGGUCGGUGUUGCUGCCGUAUGGGAAACUGUUAAGAAAGGUAUUUUGAACCAGAUCAACGAAUUGCCUCGUGUCACCAAGGGUAUCUUCUGGGCUGCUUACCAUUCCAAAUUGAAGAUGCAAAAGAUGGGUAUUCCAGGUGGUGAUACUAUCGGUAAUAUCAUAUUCAAAAAGGUAAGAAAGGCCACUGGUGGCCAUUUAAGAUACCUUUUGAAUGGUGGUUCUCCAAUCAGUGUCAAUGCUCAGGAAUUUAUCUCAAACUUAAUCUGCCCAAUGCUAAUUGGUUACGGUUUGACUGAAACAUGUGCUAGUUUGUGUAUUUUGAACCCUGGCCAUUUCGAGUAUGGUGUUGUUGGUGAUUUAACUGGUUGUGUCACUGUUAAGCUGGUCGACGUUGAAGAACUGGGUUACUUUGCCAAGGACAACAAAGGUGAAAUAUGGGUGAAAGGUGAAAACGUGCUCCCUGAAUAUUACAAGAAUGAGGAAGAAACUAAGGAAUCUUUAACUGAGGAUGGUUGGUUCAAGACCGGUGACAUUGGUAUGUGGACUGACACCGGUAGUCUAAAAAUCAUCGACAGAAAGAAAAACCUAGUCAAAACUAUGAACGGUGAAUACAUUGCAUUGGAGAAAUUGGAAUCAGUUUAUAGAUCUAACUCCUACGUUCAAAACAUCUGUGUUUAUGCUGACCAAAACAAGGUUAAGCCUGUGGGUAUCAUCGUUCCUAACCACACACCAUUGGUCAAAUUGGCCAAGGAACUUGGAAUAAUGAAAAAGCAGGAAACAGACAUCGAACCAUACUUGCACAAUAAAAAACUUCAAAAUGCAGUAUUUGAAGACAUGAUCAAAACGGCUAAGAAGCAAGGCUUAGUUGGCAUCGAAUUGUUACAAGGUGCUGUGUUCUUCGAUGACGAAUGGACACCUCAAAAUGGGUUUGUCACCUCUGCUCAAAAACUUCAAAGAAAAAAGAUUCUAAAGGCAGUUGAAAAGGACGUCGAAAGUGUGUACGCCGAUUAA